GUGCUCUCCGGCAUCAUGCGCCCGCCGGUCCCAGAGCCCAGGCCCCCCGCGACGGCGCCCCUGGUGGACUGGGGCGCCUGGCCCCCGCUGCGGCUCCUGCGGGCGCUGCUGCCCAGCGCGCGGGGCCUGCGGGAGCAGCGCGGGUGGCUGCGCGCGGCGGGGCUCGGGGCGCCCGUCGACGUGGGCGUGGGCUACCGCUUCAAGGGGCCCGGCGGCACCGGCGGCCUGGUGCGGUCCCUCCGCCUGGAGGGCCUCGGCAACCUCCUCGAGCCGGGGCUGGCGCUCAGCGGCGCCGGGCAGGUGGUGGGAGCUCGCGCUGCCCUCGGACCAGUGAGGCUCUCGCUGUACGCGGAGGCGGAGGUGGCGGCGGGCUCCCCCGCCGGCGAUCCCCUGCGGCUGCCUGCGGAGGCCACGCUGGACCUCGAGACUGUUUCCGCCUCGCUGGAGGUGCUCGCGAUGAUGAGCAG